CUCUUCCCUCCCCUCUUCUCCUUUCCCAGCCCCUCCCCCUCCCUCACCCCUCCCACCUCGGUGGUCACAUGGGGGGCACCGCCGGAUUUAAGCCUAAUCUGCCCUGUGCUCAGCACAGCGGUCUGGCUGUGGGGUGGGAGAGCUGAGCUAGUCUCUGGGGCCCUGGAGAAGGGCCUGGAGGGGGGUGCCCACAGCUUCCCCCUCCAUGAGCUUGGGGCUGGAGGAAUCGGUGGAGGCCCAGCUGGCACUGGAGACGGUUAUCCAGACCCUGGAGAGCAGCGUCCUGAGGGCAGGCCGGGAGAAGGGCCUGAGCGAGCAGGACCCUGCCCAGGACUCUCAGCUCGCCUGCCUACCUGUCCGCAUCAGGGAGAUCAUCACCCGCAACCUCUCCCAGCCUGAGAACCAAGCCCCGCUGCCGGCCGCGGAGAUGGCAUCAGUGCUGUCGCUGCAAGAGGAAAACCAGCUGCUGCAGCAGGAACUGUCCCGCGUGGAGGACCUGCUGGCCCAGAGCCGGGCGGAGCGUGACGAGCUGGCCAUCAAGUACAACGCGGUCAGCGAGAGGCUGGAGCAGGCUGUGCGGCUGGAGUCUGGGGAGCCAGAAACGCAGGAGCCCACGGGGCUGGUCCGGCAGAGCGUGGAGCUGCGGAGGCAGCUGCAGGAGGAGCAGGCCUCCUACCGGCGCAAGCUGCAGGCCUACCAGGAAGGCCAGCAGCGGCAGGCCCAGCUUGUGCAGCGGCUGCAGGCCAAGACCCUGCAGUACAAGAAGAAGUGCUCGGAGCUGGAGCAACAGCUUCUAGAGAGAUCUACAGAGCUGGAGCGGCAGCGGCUGAGGGACACAGAGCACAGCCAUGACCUGGAAAGCGCCCUCAUCCGCCUAGAGGAGGAGCAGCAGAGGAGUUCCAGCCUGGCCCAGGUGAACUCCAUGCUCCGAGAGCAGCUGGACCAGGCGAACUCGGCCAACCAGGCUCUGAGUGAGGACAUCCGCAAGGUGACUUCUGACUGGACACGCAGCCGUAAGGAGCUGGAGCAGCGGGAGGCGGCGUGGAGGCGUGAAGAGGAGUCCUUCAACACCUACAUCAGCAACGAGCACAGCCGCCUGCUCCUCCUCUGGAGGCAGGUUGUGGGGCUCCGUCGGCUGGUCAGCGAGGUGAAGAUGUCCACCGAGAGGGACCUGCUGCAGCUGGGAGGGGAGCUGGCCCGGACCUCAAGGGCCAUCCAGGAGGCGGACCUGGGGCUGAGCGCAGGCCUGCGGCUGGCUGAGAGCCGGGCAGAGGCGGCCCUGGAGAAGCAGACACUGCUACAGGCCCAGCUGGAGGAGCAGCUGCGGGACAAGGUGCUCCAGGAGAAGGACCUGGCCCAGCUGCAGGUGCAGAGCAACCUGGACAAGGCCAACCUCAGUGCCAGAGUGACAGAGCUGGCCCUGACAGUGGAGCGCCUUCAGAACCAGAAUCUGGAGAAGGAUCGGGUCAACAAGGCCCUUACUGAGAAGCUUGAGGCCCUGGAAUCCCUGCGGCUCCAGGAGCAGGCGGCCCUGGAGACAGAGGACGGAGAGGGGCUGCAGCAGACCCUGAGAGACCUGGCACAGGCCGUCCUGUCGGACAUGGAGAGCGGUGUCCAGCUAAGCGGCUCUGAGCGCACGGGGGACGCGUCGGACGGCAGCCUGCGGGGGCUCUCGGGCCCCCGGACCCCCUCCCCGCCGCGACGCUCCUCGCCCGGCCGCGGCCGAUCCCCGCGCCGAGGCCCAUCCCCGGCCUGCUCCGACUCCUCCACGCUCGCCCUGAUCCACUCGGCCCUGCACAAGCGCCAGCUGCAGGUCCAGGACAUGCGUGGGCGCUAUGAGGCCAGCCAGGACCUCCUGGGCACCCUGCGGAAGCAGCUUAGUGACAGCGAGGGUGAGCGCCGCAGCCUAGAGGAACAGCUGCAGCGUCUUCAGGACAAGACCAACGGGGCCACUCAGGCUCAUGAGGAUGCCCAGCGUGAGGCCCAGCGUCUGCGGGGCACCAUUGACCUUCUGAACAGGGAGAAGGACAGCCUGGCCCGCAGCCUGCAGGCGGCCCAGCAGCAGGCCGAGGAGCUAGGGCAGGAGCGAGAGAAGCUGCAGGCGGCUCAGGAGGAGCUGCGGCGCCAGCGGGACCGGCUGGAGGAAGAGCGGGAGGACACGGCGCGGGACAGCGAGCGGACUCGCAGGGAGCUCGAGCGCAGCCACAGACAGCUAGAGCAGCUGGAAAUGAAGCGCUCAGGGCUGGCGAAGGAGCUGGUGGAGGUGAGGGAGGCGCUGAGCUGUGCCACGCUGCAGAGGGACAUGCUACAGGCUGAGAAGGCCGAGGUGGCUGAGGCGCUGACCAAGGCUGAGGCCGGCCGCGUGGAGCUCGAACUCUCAAUGACCAAGCUGAGGGUCGAAGAGGCCUCUCUGCGGGACUCCUUGUCCAAGCUGAGCGCCCUCAACGAGAGCCUCGCCCAGGACAAGCUGGGUCUGAACCGCCUCGUCGCCCAGCUGGAAGAGGAAAAGGCGGUCCUGCUGGGCCGGCAACGGCAGGUGGAGCAGGAGGCCUGCUUGGCACGGGAGGCGCAGGAACGGCUGGAGCACCUACGGUUGGAGCAGGAGGUGGAACAGCAGGGCCUGGAGGGCUCCCUGCGGGUGGCCGAGCAGGCCCGGGAGGCCCUGGAGCACCAGCUCCCCACGUUGCGCCAGGAGCGCUGCCGGCUGCAGGAGCAGCUGGCCCAGCUCUCCCGGCAGCUGAGCGGGCGCGAGCAGGAGCUGGAACAGGCACAGAGGGAGACGCAGCGGCAGGUGGAGGCGCUGGAGCGGGCAGCCCGGGAGAAGGAGGCUCUGGCCAAAGAGCGGGCCGGCCUGGCGGUGCAGCUGGCCGCAGCUGAGCGAGAAAGCCGGACCCUGUCGGAGGAGGCCACACGCUUGCGCCUGGAGAAGGAAGCCCUGGAGAGUAGCCUGUUCGAGGUGCAGCGGCAGUUCGCGCAGCUCGAGGCCCGCCGGGAGCAGCUGGAAGCCGACGGGCAGGCCCUGCUGCUGGCCAAGGAGACCCUGACUGGGGAGCUGGUGGGCCUACGGCAACAGAUGACAACUACAGAGGAGAAGGUGGCUCUGGACAAGGAGCUGAUGGCCCAGAAGCUGGUGCAGGCUGAGCGGGAGGCCCAGGCCUCUCUGCGGGAGCAGCGGGCCGCCCAUGAGGAGGACUUGCAACGACUCCAGCGAGAGAAGGAGGCAGCGUGGCGGGAGCUGGAGGCCGAGCGGGCCCAGCUGCAGGGUCAGAUGCACCGGGAGCGAGAGGAGCUGUUGGCACGGCUGGAGGCAGAGAAGGAAGAGCUGAGCGAGGAGAUCGCCGCCCUGCAGCAGGAGCGUGACGAGGGCCUCCUCCUGGCCGAGAGCGAGAAGCAGCAGGCCCUGUCCCUGAAGGAGUCCGAGAAGACGGCGCUGUCGGAGAAGCUGAUGGGUACACAGCACAGCCUGGCCGCCGUCUCCCUGGAUUUGGAGCGGCACAAGAGAGACGCCCAGAGCCGGCAGGAGCAGGACCGGAGCACUGUGAACGCGCUGACGUCCGAGCUGCGGGACCUACGGGCCCAGCUUGAGGAGGCUGCCGCAGCCCAUGCCCAGGAGGCCAAGAGGCUACAAGAACAGGCCCGAAACCUGGACAGGCAGCGGGAGUCCUCCGUGCGCGAGGCAGAGGAGCUUCGGACGCAGCUGCGCCUGCUGGAGGACGCCCGUGACGGGUUGCGGCGGGAGCUGUUGGAGGCCCAGCGCAAGGUGCGCGACAGUCAGGAUGGCCGUGAGGCCCAGCGCCAGGAGGCCAGCGAGCUGCGGCGCAGCCUGGGUGAGGGUGUCAAGGAGCGUGAGGCCCUGCGGCGUUCCAACGAGGAGCUGCGGGCGGCCGUGAAGAAGGCUGAGAGCGAACGGAUCAGCUUGAAGCUUGCCAACGAGGACAGGGAGCAGAAGCUGGUGCUCCUCACGGAGGCACGGGUGGCCGCGGGCAGGGAGGCCGAGGAGCUGCGGGCCGGACUGCAGGAGGUGGAGCGCUCGCGGCUGGAGGCCCGCCGGGAACUGCAGGAGCUCCGGCGGCAGAUGAAGGUGCUGGACGGUGAGAACACCAGGCUGGGCCGGGAGCUGGUGGAGCUGCAGGGCCGCCUGGCCCUGGGCGAGCGGGCAGAAAAGGAGGGCCGGCGGGAGGCCCUGGGCCUCCGACAGAAGCUGCUGAAGGGCGAGGCCAGCCUGGAGGCCAUUCGGCAGGAGCUCCAGGGAGCCCAGAGGAAGCUGCAGGAACAAGAGGGCGAGUUCAGGGCCCGCGAGCGAGGCCUGCUGGCCUCCCUGGAGGAGGCACGCGGCGCCGAGAAGCUGCAGCUGGACCACGCCCGCAGCUUGGAGCUGAAGCUGGAGGCGGUGCGGGCCGAAGCCGCGGAGCUGGGGCUGCGGCUGAGCGCGGCCGAGGGCCGGGCGCAAGGCCUGGAGGCCGAGCUGGCCCGCGUGGAGGCGCAGCGGCGCGCAGCCGAGACCCAGCUGGGCGGCCUGCGCUCAGCUCUGCGUCGGGGCCUGGGCCUCGGGCGCACUCCCAGCCCGGCCCCGCUGCCCUCGCCGGGCUCGCCGGCCCGGGGCGCGCCCGCUGGAGGAAGCGGCGAAGGGCUCAGCAGCCCCAGCCCCUUGGAACGCAGCCCUGGGUCCGAGCCACCAUCCCCAGGACCUGCCACCUCCCCGGCAUCCCCAGACCUGGACCCGGAGGCGGUACGGGGAGCCCUCCGGGAGUUCCUGCAGGAGCUGCGGAGUGCCCAGAGGCAGCGGGAUGAGCUUCAGGCCCAGACCGGUGUCCUGAGUCGACAGCUGGCUGAGAUGGAGGCUGAGAGGGACAGUGCCACCUCACGGGCGAGGCAGCUGCAGAAGGCUGUGGCCGACGGUGCGGAAGCCCGACGCCGCGUGGACGGGCGGCUGAGCGGGGCCCAGGCAGAGCUGGUGCUGCAGGAGGAGAAUGUGCGGCGCAGCGAGCGGGAGCGCCGGGCCGCCCUGGACCAGGUGGCCGCCCUGGAGAGGAGCCUGCAGGCCACCGAGAGUGAGCUCCGGGCCAGCCAGGAGAAGAUCAGCAAGAUGAAGGCCAAUGAGGUGAAGCUGGAGAGUGACAAGCGGCGUCUGAAGGAGGUGUUGGAUGCCUCUGAGAGCCGCACCAUCAAGCUUGAGCUGCAGCGGCGCUCACUCGAGGGGGAACUGCAGCGCAGCCGCCUGGGCCUCAGUGACCGUGAGGCCCUUGCCCAGGCCCUCCAGGAUCGGGUGGACUCCCUGCAGAGACAGGUGGCAGACAGUGAGGUGAAGGCGGGGACUCUGCAGCUGACAGUGGAGCGGCUGAACGGGGCCCUGGCCAAGAUGGAAGAGAGCGAGGGGGCCUUGCGGGACAAGGCGCAGGGCCUGUCAGAAGCACUGGCCCAGAGUAGCGCCAACCUUACCAGCACCCAGGACAAGAAUCUGCACCUGCAGAAGGCCCUGACCGCUUGUGAACAUGACCGCCAAGUUCUCCAAGAACGGCUGGAGGCCGCUCGGCAGGCGUUAUCGGAGGCCCGGAAGCAGAGCAGCUCCCUGAGUGAGCAGCUGCAGACGAUGCGAGGCGAGCUGGCGGACCUGGAGGUGCAGCGGGCAGAGGCAGAGGGCCAGCUGCAACAGCUUCAGGAGGUGCUGCGGCAGCGACAGGAGGGGGAGGCAGCGGCCCUGCACGCGGUCCAGAAGCUGCAGGAGGAGCGGCGGCUGCUCCAGGAGCGCCUGGACGGCCUGCAGCGAGCCCUCGCUCAGCUGGAGGCCGAGAAGCGGGAGGUGGAGCGGUCAGCGCUGCGGCUGGAGAAGGACCGGGUGGCCCUCAAGAGGAUGCUGGACAAGGUGGAGCGCGAGAAGCUUCGCAGCCAUGAGGACACGGUGCGGCUGAGCGCCGAGAAGGGCCGCCUGGACCGCACGCUCACGGGGGCUGAGCUGGAGCUGGCUGAGGCCCAGAGGCAGAUCCAGCUGCUGGAGGCCCAGGUGGUGGCACUGGAGCAGGACCAGAGCCCAGCCCGGCUGGAGGCCGCGGAGCAGCAGCAGCGGGAGGUAGAGCGGGAGGUGGAGCGACUGCGCAGUGCCCAGGUGCAGACAGAGCGCACCCUGGAGGCUCGGGAGCGGGCCCACCGGCAGCGCGUGCGCGGUUUGGAAGAGCAGGUGCUCAGGCCUGGCCGGGUUCUGGCCCAGGAUAGUGCAGAAGCGCCCUCGGGGGGAGGGAGCGGGAGAGGGCUGGCUGUGACCUCGGGUGUGAGCAGUCGGCGGCACCUAGGACCCAAGUGGUCCAGGGGAUCUGUGCUGGUCUCCGUCAUGGCUGGACGCGGGCUCAAGUGAUGUCGCUGGAACUCCGUCCCCGUGCUGUGGCUCUACUGUCCUCAUUGUUGUCUCCUGGGUGGCACAGGUGGCCUCAGCAGCCCCAGCCUAGGUUAUCCCGACAAGCUACCAUCCCAGAGGAAAGAGGGGGCCUUUUUCCUUAGAGCAACAGCAGAAGUCCCAGGGAUGACCCUUCCUGGCCUGCUUAGUCCCUGCCUUCCCAGCCAUCCCUGACCUGACAUGUGCAGGACAAGGCUGCUUGGGUAGGGCCAGGCCUGGGUCACAGGCACCCCUGGUGGGGCUGGUGCCAGGCCUGCCUAAGUGAUGAGAGUGGGGACGGGUGGCUCCUCUGACAAGAUGCCAAGGAGCAGUCAGCAGCUGCCACGUGGGUCGGGACGGAAGGGGUAGGAAGCACCCUGGUGUUUAAUGAGACCCGUUUUUUCCUGAAGCGGGCAGGAUUGGGUCCCUUCUGGGGUCCCAGCUGCAGCCACAUGCCCCUUUCUCUGGCCUCAGGCUGGGGACCAGGCUGGCCCUACUUUCUCUUUCUUCCCAGGUGUCCACACUGAAGGGACAGUUGCAGCAGGAGCUCCGGAGGAGCUCAGCAUCCUUCCCCCAAACCUCCGGCCCCCCAGGGGAAUGAGCCCCUUCCUGGGUGGCCCCCUGGCCCAGAGCUCAGGGUAGGGAGGAGCCAGGUGGCCGUGCUGGACGCCAGGAACUCCGGUGGCAGCUUCUUAGCGGCAUCCAGGGCCCCACCUCAGUCCAGUCCCCACCCCUGGGAUGAGCAUCCAGGUCACCUGAGUGUCUGAGCCAAAGCCAGGGGGUCGGGGAGACCCCCUUGCCCCUGGCUGGCCCUAGAGCAUGGGCUCAUGGGAAAGAGGAGGGGUGCCUGGGAGUCAGAGACCCAGACCCUCCCCUGGCUUCCCAGCGAUCUCUCCGCCUUAGUUCAGAGUGUUUGUCAGGAAAUUCCUCAGAGUCCCUGUAUUUUUAUACCUUUUUACAAUGUUAACUGUUCAGAACUGUUGUUUUUUUGUAACAAAAGACCCCGUUUUCUAAAAAUGGUGUGUACAGAUGUGUCCCCUUA